UUUUCUCCAUCAGAGGAGAAUGGCGGCUGCUGUUCACUGCUACCCAAAUUGAGAUGCUAAACCAAAUCAAUAAGAAAUUGGAGAUUAACAAGAACAAUUUGUUGUCGCUGCUGCUGAGAGUUUGAACCGAGAUGAAUCAGGGGAUGAAGAUUUGUUCGGACCUGUGAUGAAAUUGAGUAAUUGAUUUGAAAAUUAGGGUUCUGAGUUUAGUCGAAAUAAACAUAGAAGAGCUGAUCUUGUUGCUGUUAGACAGAAGUAAUUAUGGGUUGGUCUGAAUUCAUGGGUUUGAGCAGUUGCAAUUGGAAGAAGGGUUUAGAUGUAUGUUAGGGUUUGAAGUCAGUUGAAGAGUAUGGUGUUGUUCAUGGGGAUUUGUCUGCUGUUUCAGUUGAAUCCAGAUGAGGAUCCAGAGAGGAAUCUGUUUGAUGUUGAGAAGAAUAGGGAGAAGAUUUGGUUUGUAUGAAUCUUAGAUGGAGAAGUUGGGUGAAGGGUUAUUGAUCUCAGUUUAAGACGGUUGUUGUUGCCAUGGGUUGUGUUUGAUUUCAUAGACAGAGUGAUGAAUAUGGUGGUACUGAUAUUGAUUCAUGAAGCUUAGAAGAUGUAGAUGCAGUUCUUGAAGGUGUGCCUGAUUCAAGAGUGAAGGUGGUCUGGAGAGGAUAUGCAGAUGAGAUGAAUGCAAUAGGAGUGAUUGUUGUAGAUGAUGGAGUUCAAAGAACUAGUCAGGGAUGAUGCAUACUCGAGUUUACAAUGGCAGAAUUGGAGACUUGCAAAUGGAUGUGGUCAUGAGGCAGUUGCAGCUGUAAUGGGUAUGGACUGAAUGGAGCAGCGAAUAGUCUUUGGUUGACUGAACUGAGCCUAGAAGCUAAGUUACAAGGUUUUGCAAAUGCAGAAGCUGAGUUCUAAGGAUUUAGAUGGAGAAGUGGUGGUUCUCUCUAAUGUCUAAUGGGUUAUGAACUAGUGUUGAGUUGAGCAGGUACUGGAUGAACUGGCAGAGAUGGUCCUUGAGAUGUUGUUUUGGUGGAUUGUGUUGUGCAGCGAAGGCAUGAAUUUGUAGCAGAUGUUUCAGCUGCAAUGCAAAGGAGGAAUGAAGUUGUUUUAAGAAUAUUGGUGGUUAUGAGCUGCAGUUGAAAGCACUGGUGAUGAAACGGAUGAGCAUAUUGUGUUGCUGUUGAUUGAGUUAAUGGGUCUGUGGUUGAUUGUUGCUGCAAAGAAGAGAAGGAUGAAUUGCAGCUGUUGCAGAAGCAGAAUGAAUGCAUUUUAGGAGCUAAAACUGUGCAGGGAUGGAGAGUUGAAACAACUGGACGUGUAUGGUGCUAGAACCAACUAAGUUGAAUCGUCAGUUCCGUGAAAAUGACAGGCAUAUCAUAUUAUUGGGCCUGAACUGAGUUGGCCUGGGAUGUGAAUUGGGUUUGCCUUGGCGUGGAAACUACAUUGGUCUGAGCCGGAUGCAGUAAUGGGGUGACCUAGUCCUGGAAAUUGAAAUACUAUAAAAAGUACCAAUUUCUAUGGACGGAGCAUAUUGUAACAAUGGAUAUGGUUUUAAACAACCUCAACACUAUGAUAAUUGCCCACCAUAUAUGGGAUACAAUCAAAACCAAUUUAUUGUCUAUGAUGCAUAUCCUAGCGAAAAAACCUUACGGUGAUUUUCAUACAUACCAACAACAACCUUGUAGUGGGUAUGUAAGUCAAGCACCACGGUGGGAUAAUUCUACUUAUAAUUGGCUUCAUUCGAGUUGUAAGCAGAUUUUGAAUGGAUUGCAAGAUAUGCAACAAAGACUAGAUCAACUUGACCGUAAUAGAGAGAACGUCACACAAACCAAUUUCUAUAACACUUUUUCUUACUCGACUCCGGAUCGUAGUUAUGAUCAUUCACCCAUUCAAAGGGAAGAGUCAUGGGAAAAAGAACCUAUUUUAGAUAAUGGUGGUAAGCGUGUGAACGUUAGGAAACUUGCACAGACAUUAUACAAGUUGGAAGAUGAUGGAGCCUCGGAAGAGCUUGUCGAUGAAAUUAGUAGGACCAUUCGUAUGGAACUUAACCGACGUCAUGAUCAAGGUUGGGAAACUGAUGAAGAUUCUUAUUACGAUGAGUCUGAAAUUGAAGAUGAUUGUGUUGAAAAUGACCAACCUUUGGACAUAUUUGAUGACAUUGGUGUAGUUGACUCAACGCUUGAUCUUUAUAAUGAUCAAACACCUAUUCAAAAGGUACAUGAGUAUGAUGAACCUAGUGUUUUACAGAACUUCCUUGCAACAAGGUUUGAGUCUAAUGAAGAAGAAUGUGAUCGUUAUGACCAGUAUUAUGGAAGACCCAAUUGAGCUUGCAAUGAAUUGUAAUGAUGAUGUUGAUGUCGAGACUAUAGUUGAGACAGAAACGGACGAGGAAUGCUUGCAAGGUUUGAUAGAGGACCAUGAUAUAAAAGAGGUGAAUAAUUCACUUGAGGUUUUCAAGGAUGAAGAGGAUUCCGUGAUAUAAGAGAUUGUGCAAGGUUUGUGAACAAGAAGUUGUAGAAGUUCCCGAAUUUUAUGUUCUUUAUACACUUCCGAGUGUGGACAGGAAUAAGUGUGGAGGAAACUUUGACCGAUAUAUAGGUUCAAUUCUGCUUUGUAUUACUAAUAUUUGUGUGAAGCGAGUGUUUACAAAGCAGGUGCUAUGGGUGGAUCCCCAACUUUUCAGAUUAUUGGUGUAUGGGGAAUUUGUGUUGCAAG